AUGCUUUCUCGGGCGCUUCUCCCUUCCCAAAACCAGCAGAAUGGCAUACAGAAGGUGCUGAUCGUCCUAGACGCCUCUCUGGAACGAAACGCUGAUGGAAUCAUAGCUGCAAUACGCAGCCUGCCACUUAAGCAAGGCGACCGUGUUUUGCAGCUUGGAGUCAUUCAGCCUUUCAGGACUGAUAAUACUUCUCCACCAUGCAUAGGAUGCAUAGCAGAAAUAGUACGAAAGACCAAACUGCAUUCAAGCGCGACAAUUAGCAUGAGGAAGAAGCACCUCGAGCAAGAGGCUCGGAAGAAGAAAAAGGAGUACUUGAGCAAUCCCAAGAUUGCAGAUUUGAUUAAGCAGCUUCAAAUGCAGCAGAUCAAGUUUGAUAUAGAAGUCGAAGCUGAUUCACUGAACGAGACUACUAUAAGAGUGGCUAAGAGUCUUGGGGCAACAUGUGUUAUUCUUGACAGGAAUAUGAAGAAAGACCGGAAAUACUUUCUGGAUAAUCUAUCCUCUUGUGGGAUACUAAGGAUUAAGCAUGAUAACAACAUUGAGACGAUCCGAGGACCAAAGAUGGUUGAUGCACAUGAUAAGACAGUCCAAGGAUUAAAGAUGUCCGAAGAUGCUGAGAAAGCCUUGAAAAGAGGACAGUGCAUCCAUGGGUCUAAUGAAGGUGAAGUUCUAGAAGAUUUAUUCGAGAGUUCAACUUGCUCAUUGUGCAACAACAGACUUCUGAUGACUAGACCAACAGUCGAAUUUACUUAUGCUGAUCUGCACCUCGCAACCAGUGGCUUUUCCCCGCAGAAUUUAUUGGCAAAUCAUGGCAGCCAAAUCUACAUAGGAGCACUGAACGAUGGACAUAGGAUUGUGGUUAUUAAGCAUCCUUCUGUAAACAUUUCAGAGAACGAAUUUAAAUCGCAGGCUCAGAUGCUUGGAAACGUGAGACAUCAGAACGUUGCCACGCUGCUAGGUUGGUGCUCAGAAGGACAACAUAGGCUGCUGGUCUAUCAGUAUGUCUGCAACGGUUCGUUAAACAGACAUCUGCAAGAUAAAAGUAGCAGCUUGUCGUGGGAAAGAAGAAUGAAAAUAGCAUUGGGAGCUGCCAAGGGGUUACAGUAUCUGCACAAGAAAAACAUUUAUGCAAAUAUGAAGCCAAAGAACAUUCUGAUAAACCAUGAUCAUCAUCCAUUGCUGGUGAAUUUUGGGCUUGCAAGAAACCUGUAUGAGGGCCUGGAUUACUCAUAUGACUCAAGGGUGAUCAAGACACUAGAAUACAUAGCACCGGACUAUGAAGAAAACGGUGCAGAUAUAAGCAAGACAGAUGUUUAUUCCUUCGGGGUAGUCCUCCUAGAGCUGAUCACGGGCCGAAAGACCCUAGAGGAGACAAAUGGACAAAGCUACCUGAGAUGGGCAAGGCCACUUCUGAAGAAGAAAAUGUACCCUAGCUUGGUUGAUCCAGCCUUAAACGGCUCCCACGACUUGCAUCAACUAUACGGGAUGAUCCGUUUGGCCCAGAAAUGCGUUAGCUUGGAGGCCGAAAGACGACCAUCCAUAGAUAAGGUGGUGAUGGAUUUGGAGUGCAUCAUUCAUGGCUGCAGCCUUAAAGACCAUUCGCCCACCGAUUCUGAGUGGAUGGAACUAGUUAAAAGGAGGUAG